AUGAACACUAUUGGCUGGUCUGUCUCCGACUGGGUUUCGUUCAACAGAGAAACAACCCCAGACGAAUCCUUUAAUACCCUCAAGGCUUUGGUUGAUUAUAUCAAAUCAACUCCAAAUGAUCCUGCUUGGAUUUCUAUUAUAUCAGAAGAAAAUUUAAAUCAUCAAUGGAAUAUCUUACAAUCAAAAUCGAAUAAACCAUCCUUAAAAUUAUAUGGUGUUCCAAUUGCCGUUAAAGAUAAUAUUGAUGCAUUGGGGUUCCCAACAACAGCAGCUUGUCCAUCUUUUUCUUAUAUGCCAACUUCUGAUUCUACAAUUGUAUCUUUAUUGAGAGAUCAAGGUGCAAUAAUUAUUGGUAAGACAAACUUGGAUCAAUUUGCUACUGGUUUAGUUGGUACUAGAUCCCCCUAUGGUAUAACACCUUGUGUUUUCUCUGAUAAACAUGUAUCUGGAGGUUCUUCAGCAGGUUCAGCAUCAGUUGUUGCUAGAGGUUUAGUUCCAAUUGCAUUGGGUACUGAUACUGCUGGUUCUGGUAGAGUUCCUGCUGCAUUGAAUAAUAUCAUUGGUUUGAAACCAACUGUUGGAGCUUUCUCAACAAAUGGUGUUGUUCCAGCUUGUAAAUCACUUGAUUGUCCUUCAAUUUUUUCUUUGAAUUUAAAUGACGCCCAAUUGGUUUUUAAUAUUUGUGCAAAACCAGAUUUAACAAAUUGUGAAUAUUCCAGAGAAGGUCCUCAAAAUUAUAAGAGAAAAUUUACUGGUAAAGUCAAAAUUGCUAUACCAAUUGAUUUCAAUGGUCUUUGGUUUAAUGAUGAGGAAAAUCCUAAAAUUUUCAAUGAUGCAAUUGAAAAUUUUAAAAAAUUGAAUGUUGAAAUUGUUCCAAUUGAUUUCAACCCUUUAUUAGAAUUGGCUAAAUGUUUAUAUGAAGGUCCUUGGGUAUCUGAAAGAUAUUCUGCUGUUAAAUCUUUCUAUAAAAGUAAUCCAAAGAAGGAAGAUUUAGAUCCAAUUGUUACAAAAAUCAUUGAAAAUGGUGCAAAUUAUGAUGCUUCAACAGCUUUUGAAUAUGAAUAUAAGAGAAGGGGGAUCUUAAAUAAGGUCAAAUUGUUAAUCAAAGAUAUAGAUGCAUUAUUAAUACCAACUUGUCCUCUUAAUCCAACUAUUGAACAAGUUCUUAAAGAACCAAUUAAAGUGAAUUCUAUUCAAGGUACUUGGACUAAUUUUUGUAAUUUGGCUGAUUUUGCAGCUUUGGCCUUACCAAAUGGAUUUAGAAAUGAUGGUCUACCAAAUGGAUUUACUCUUUUAGGUAGAGCCUUUGAAGAUUAUGCCUUAUUAUCUCUUGCUAAAGAUUAUUUUAAUGCUAAAUAUCCAAAACAUGAUCGUUCAAUUGGUAAUAUUAAAGAUAAAACUUCUGGUGUUGAAGAUUUACUUGAUAAUUCAUUACCUCAACCAAAUUUAAAUUCUAGUAUUAAAUUGGCAGUCGUUGGUGCUCAUUUGGAAGGUUUACCAUUAUAUUGGCAAUUGGAGAAGGUUCAAGCAUACAAAUUAGAAACAACUAAAACCUCUUCAAAUUAUAAAUUAUAUGCAUUACCAAAUUCAAAUAAAAAUUCUAUUAUGAAACCUGGUUUAAGGAGAAUCUCAUCUUCUAAUGAAGUUGGUGGUUCUCAAAUUGAAGUUGAAGUUUAUUCCAUUCCAUUGGAAAAUUUUGGUGAUUUUAUUUCCAUGGUCCCGCAACCUUUAGGUAUUGGAUCAGUGGAAUUAGAAUCUGGAGAAUGGGUCAAAUCUUUUAUCUGUGAAGAAUGUGGUUAUAAAGAAAAUGGUAGUAUUGAAAUCACACAUUUUGGUGGUUGGAGAAACUAUUUAAAGCAUUUGAAUUUGAAUUCGAGAUUAGAGAAAUCAAAGAAACCUUUUAAAAAAGUUUUGGUUGCCAAUAGAGGUGAGAUUGCAGUCCGUAUUAUUAAAACUUUAAAGAAGUUAAAUAUAAUUUCUGUUGCAGUUUAUUCUGAUCCUGAUAAAUAUUCGGAUCAUGUUUUACUUGCCGAUGAAGCUUAUCCAUUGAAUGGUAUUUCAGCUUCGGAAACUUAUAUCAAUAUUGAGAAGAUGUUGAAAGUUAUCAAACUUUCAAAAGCUGAAGCUGUUAUACCAGGUUAUGGCUUCUUAUCUGAGAAUGCAGAUUUUGCUGAUAAAUUAAUAGAAGAAGGUAUAGUUUGGGUUGGGCCAUCCGGUGAUACUAUUAGAAAAUUAGGAUUGAAACAUUCUGCUAGAGAAAUUGCAAAGAAUGCCGGUGUUCCAUUAGUUCCUGGCUCUAAUUUGAUAAAUGACUCACUGGAAGCGAAGGAAAUUGCCCAAAAAUUGGAAUAUCCAAUUAUGAUUAAAUCAACAGCCGGUGGUGGUGGUAUUGGUCUACAGAAGGUUGAUUCCGAGGAUGACAUUGAAAGGGUCUUUGAAACUGUUCAACAUCAGGGUAAAUCUUAUUUUGGAGAUUCUGGUGUUUUCUUGGAAAGAUUUGUUGAGAAUUCUAGACAUGUUGAAAUCCAAAUAUUUGGUGAUGGUAAUGGUAAUGCAAUAGCAAUUGGUGAAAGAGAUUGUUCAUUACAAAGGAGAAAUCAAAAGGUUAUUGAAGAAACUCCAGCACCUAAUCUACCUGAGAUCACAAGGAAGAAAAUGAGAAAAGCAGCCGAACAAUUGGCUUCUUCAAUGAACUAUAAAUGUGCAGGUACUGUUGAAUUUAUUUAUGAUGAAAAAAGGGAUGAAUUCUAUUUCUUGGAAGUUAAUACAAGAUUACAAGUUGAACAUCCGAUUACUGAAAUGGUCACAGGUUUAGAUUUGGUCGAAUGGAUGUUAUUUAUUGCUGCUGAUAUGCCACCUGAUUUCAAUCAAGUAAUUCCAGUUGAAGGUGCUUCAAUGGAGGCUAGAUUGUAUGCUGAGAAUCCAGUUAAAGACUUCAAACCUUCGCCAGGCCAAUUGAUUGAGGUCAAGUUCCCUGAAUUUGCGAGAGUUGAUACAUGGGUUAAAACAGGUACCAUUAUAUCUUCAGAAUAUGAUCCAACUUUGGCUAAGAUCAUCGUUCACGGUAAAGACAGAAUUGAUGCAUUGAAUAAAUUGAGGAAAGCUUUAAAUGAAACCGUCAUUUAUGGUUGUAUUACGAAUAUCGAUUAUUUGAGAAGUAUUGCAAACUCGAAAAUGUUUGAAGAUGCAAAGAUGCAUACCAAAAUUCUAGAUACAUUUGACUAUAAACCAAAUGCGUUCGAAAUCUUAUCACCAGGUGCUUACACCACUGUUCAAGAUUAUCCUGGUAGAGUUGGAUAUUGGAGAAUUGGUGUUCCACCUUCAGGUCCAAUGGAUUCUUAUUCAUUCCGUUUAGCUAAUAGAAUCGUUGGUAACCACUACAAAUCGCCUGCAAUUGAAAUCACCUUGAAUGGCCCUUCGAUUCUAUUCCAUCAUGAAACUGUUAUUGCAAUUACGGGUGGUGAAGUUCCAGUUACACUGAAUGAUGAAAGAGUUAACAUGUACGAACCUAUCAAUAUUAAACGCGGCGACAAAUUAGUCAUUGGCAAAUUAACAAUUGGCUGUAGGUCCUAUUUGUCUAUUAGAGGUGGAAUUGACGUUACCGAAUACUUGGGUUCAAGAUCCACGUUUGCACUAGGCAAUUUGGGUGGUUAUAAUGGUAGAGUCUUGAAGAUGGGCGAUGUUCUAUUUUUGAGUCAACCUGGUUUAUCUUCGAAUAAAUUACCUGAGCCAAUCAGUAAGCCUCAAAUUGCACCAACUUCAGUUAUCCCCCAAAUAUCUACUACUAAAGAAUGGACAGUUGGUGUCACAUGUGGUCCUCAUGGGUCACCUGAUUUUUUCACUGCCGAAUCAAUCAAAGACUUCUUCUCCAAUCCCUGGAAAGUUCAUUAUAAUUCAAACAGAUUUGGUGUCAGAUUGAUUGGCCCAAAACCAAAAUGGGCUAGAAAUGAUGGUGGGGAAGGUGGAUUACAUCCAUCCAAUGCUCAUGAUUAUGUCUAUUCAUUAGGCGCCAUCAAUUUCACUGGUGAUGAGCCAGUUAUUUUGACAUGUGAUGGUCCUUCGCUUGGUGGUUUUGUUUGCCAAGCUGUUGUAGCGGAUGCUGAAAUGUGGAAAAUCGGUCAAGUCAAACCAGGAGAUUCCAUCAAUUUUGUUCCAAUCAGUUUUGAUCAAGCAAUAGAAUUGAAGCAACAACAGAACUCCCUCAUUGAAUCACUAAGUGGUGAAUAUAAUUCGAUUGCGAUUGCUAAACCAUUAAGUGAACCUGAAGACCCUGUUUUGGCAGUUUACCAGGCAAAUGACCAUUCUCCAAAGAUUACCUAUAGACAAGCUGGUGAUAGAUACGUACUUGUUGAAUAUGGUGAGAAUAUUAUGGAUCUUAAUUAUUCUUAUCGUGUCCACAAAUUGAUAGAGAUGGUUGAAUCUCACAAAACUAUAGGUAUAAUUGAAAUGUCACAAGGUGUUAGGUCUGUUUUGAUUGAAUAUGAUGGUUUCGAAAUCCACCAGAAGGUGCUAGUUAAAACUUUACUAUCAUAUGAAGCAGAAGUUGCAUUUACAAACAAAUGGAGUGUUCCCUCGAGAGUCAUUAGGUUACCAAUGGCUUUUGAAGACAGGCAAACUCUAGAUGCAGUUAAAAGAUACCAAGAAACUAUCAGAUCGGACGCUCCAUGGUUACCAAAUAACGUUGAUUUUAUUGCCAACAUUAAUGGAAUUGAAAGAUCAGAGGUUAAAGAUAUGCUAUAUUCUGCAAGAUUUUUAGUUUUGGGUUUAGGUGAUGUCUUCCUAGGUGCUCCUUGUGCGGUGCCACUUGAUCCGAGACAAAGGUUCCUUGGUACUAAAUACAAUCCAUCUAGAACUUUCACACCAAAUGGUACAGUCGGUAUUGGUGGUAUGUAUAUGUGUAUCUAUACAAUGGAAUCCCCAGGUGGUUAUCAAUUGGUUGGUAGAACCAUUCCAAUUUGGGAUAAGCUAUCUUUAGGUGAAUAUACCAAAAAGUACAAUAACGGUAAGCCAUGGUUGUUGACACCGUUUGAUCAAGUAUCCUUCUAUCCCGUCACCGAGGAAGAAUUAGAGGUUAUGGUCGAAGAUUCUAAACACGGUAGAUUCGAAGUGGAUAUCAUUGAAUCUGUUUUUGACCAUACUAAAUAUUUAUCUUGGAUUACUGAGAAUUCUGAUUCUAUUGAAGAAUUCCAGAGGCAACAAGAUGGUGAAAAAUUACAAGAGUUUAAACGUCUCAUUCAGGUUGCGAACGAAGAUCUAGCCAAGUCGGGAACCAAGAUAGUGGAAACUGAGGAAAAAUUCCCUGAGAAUGCAGAACUGAUCUAUUCCGAAUAUUCAGGUAGGUUUUGGAAAUCUUUGGUUAAUGUUGGAGACGAGGUGAAGAAAGGCCAAGGGCUGGUAGUCAUUGAGGCUAUGAAGACCGAAAUGGUAGUGAAUGCUACCAAAGAUGGUAAAGUUUUGAAAAUCGUCCAUGGUAACGGUGAUAUGGUUGAUGCGGGCGACUUGGUUGUCGUUAUCGCUUAA